AUGAGAGAUGUUGUAAUAAUCUCUAAGACCAUUGUUCGACCCGAGAGCUUCGAAGAUGGACCGGAUCCGGUUAAGAUCCAUCUCACUCCAUGGGAUCUCUUCCUUCUUCAAUCCGAUUACACACAAAGAGGACUUCUCUUUCCACAACCCGACCCGGAAACAAACAUAAUCUCUCAACUCAAGUCCUCUCUCUCCGUAGCUUUGAAGAUUUUCUACCCAUUCGCGGGUCGUCUCGUCAAAACCGAGAACGAAGACGAUAAAACGGCGUCGUUUUACAUAAACUGCGAUGGCUCAGGUGUCAAAUUCAUCCACGCUUCGGCUCUAACCGUUUCGGUGAAUGAUGUUUUAGAACCGGUAGAUGGUAUUAUUGUCCCCGGUUUACUAAGUGAAUUUUUCCCGGUUAACGGAGUUUUAAGCUGUGAAGGGGUCUCAGAGUCGUUGCUUGCGAUUCAAGUAACUGAGUUAAAAGACGGAGUUUUCAUCGGAUAUGGUUGCAACCAUAUGGUUACAGACGGAUCUUCCUUCUGGAACUUCUUCAAAACUUGGUCCGAGAUUUGCUAUACCGGGUCUGACCGGAAAAACUUUCCUCCUUUAAAACUCCCUGGGUGGUUUUUACGCGGGAUAGACUACCCGAUUCGAAUCCCUAUCUCGGAGACGGUUAUAUCACCGGUUCGGUUUGUUUCUUCGGAUUUACAAGACAAGAUUUUCCGGUUCACGAGUAAGGAAACCUCCGAGCUUAAAGAGAAAGCCAACAGUGAAGUUGAUUCAAAAAUCUCAUCCCUUCAAGCGGUUUUGGCGCAUAUGUGGCGAGCGAUAAUUAGAAACCGUGAUCUGAAUCCGGAAGAAGAGAUUUAUUGUAGGUUGUUAAUGGAUAUGAGACGAAGGUUAAACCCUCCGCUUGAGAAAGAGUGUUUUGGGAACGUGGUUGGAUUCGUGACGGUCACGGCAACUGUGAGAGAAGUGGUUAACAAUGGGCUGGGUUGGGCUGCUUUGCAGAUUAAUAAAAGUGUGGGGUCACAAACGGACGAGAAUUUCAGAGUGUUCGCUGAGAAUUGGGUGAAGAAACCGAGAAUAUUAAACGGUAAUUUGGGUAAUAAGGCUAUGAUGAGUAGUAGCAAUUCUAUAGGUGUUUCUGGUUCUCCUUGGUUUGAUGUGUAUGGGAAUGAUUUCGGUUGGGGUAAACCGAUCGCGGUUCGAGGAGGACCGGGUAAUUCCAGCGAUGGUAAACUCGUUGUUUACUCGGGAGUUGAAGAUGGAACCAUUGAGAUUCAGACGAGUUUAACGUCUCGCGUUAUGGAAAAAUUAUCGACGGAUGCAGAGUUCUUGAGGCAUGUGUAUGUUGGAUAUGCAAAAUAAUGAAAAAUAAAAAUGUUAUUUGUCUUUGUACUAAAUAAAUAAAGAAUACUUUGUUUGGGUUAUUCUCGGUACUUUCUUAAGAUUUAGAUGACUACUGGUGCCAAAAUUGAUUAUUACAGUCA